AUGUUGACUGAGAGCAACUUUCAUCAUCAUUCUCACCAUCAUCACAAUAGUGGUCCGGUGAUUCCUCAACAUCGUGCACAUUAUACUCCCUAUCAACAUCCAUCUCAUACAACAAAGUCAACGCAACAGCCUCAACAUCAACAAAUUCAACAGCAGCAACAACAAUCUGAAGUACAACUACCAAAAUUUGAUUUACACCAUGCUGUUCGAACAAAUGAUGUUUCGGGUAUUAUUCGUUUACAUAGUAGACUUCGGCAACAACCCAUGGUAGCUGAUACAUGUCUACUUGAUUCAAAUGGACAUACGCCAUUAUAUACAGCUAUCGCUAGUGGAAGACUGACUAUGGUUGAUCUUCUUCUUCAUCUUGGUCAUAAUCCUUAUUGCAUCUCGGUGGCUCGUGAAUCAGCAUUAAAUGUUGCCAUAGGUUUCGGUUGUAUUGAUAUCAUAGAUUAUUUAUUAACGCGUGGUUUCCCUGUGGAUUAUCCUGGUUUUGAAAACAAGACUCCAUUAGAACGAGCUAUUGAAUGUAACCAAGGUUCCGUUGUUGUUACUUUACUUAAGCAUGGUACUGAUUGGCGUCGUUAUGAAGAAAGACGUAAAACAGGUGAUAUGUCAUUAGUUGAAUGGGCAGUCGCAAAUGAGCAUCCUCAAGUAUUAGGUGUACUUAUUGAUUUAUAUGGCGAUGAUGAAUCUGUAUUUAAUCAGAUUGGUAUGAUGUAA